ACUUUCCAGCUGAUCAAACACAACAUCAGCCGUUUGAUCAUCCACUCUCCAACACCGACCGUCGGUGUUGAUUACUUUUUACUAAUCCCAUCUUCAAUGUAUCGUAUUUAACCACGCGUAUUCGGAAACUGUUGAGCAGUGAGAUAACAGAAACUCCUAUGCAUCUGUGAAAGCAACUCAAUCAAUACAGAGAUUUGGAGAGACAAGAGAGAAGUUCUUCCAUAAACGGCUCAAGAAUCGCCCUUUUUAAGACAGUUCCUCUCUUUCUCUGCGUGUGUCUAUUGGAGAGAUUUUUUUUAUGUAUAUAGAGAUCUUUUAUGAUAUUUAAUUGAAUUUAUUAUAUAUACUCGUUUAGUCUCUCUCUCUCUCUCUUCAUUAGUUCUGUUGCUUUGUCUCUGGUUCUUCUUGAACGUCCACAGAGUCACAUCUCUUGGGUUCUGCAUCAAAGUCCCAAAAAGAGUAUAUGCAGUUGGAAAUCUGGGUUCAUUUGUGAAGAAGUAAUCAACUACAAGUAUCGAGAAUACGUGUCCUGUGGCCAUUGAAACUGGAAUGUACAAAGAACGUUAAUUUGAACCCAUGAUAAGGAUUUGGAAUGGGCACUUUAAGCAUGGAGAAGAAAUGGAUUUUUCCGCUUGUCAUAAGCUCUCUCAUAUGUGUAUUCCUUUUAGCUACGUCCUUCAACAUGGGUCUCAUCUCUUCGUUACACACAAUCAAUUCAAUCUUCUCCAUAUUCCCAUCUCGCACAAGCAAGACCAAAUUAGCUUUUGCAGAAACAAGGAUUUCGCAAAAUCCACCACCUCCUCCUGGUCCCACGAUUCCUCGUUUCGCCUAUUUGAUUUCAGGGUCGAAAGGUGAUUUGGAAAAGCUUUGGAGAACUCUGAAGGCAUUGUAUCAUCCACGGAAUCAGUAUGUUGUUCAUUUGGAUCUCGAGUCACCAGCAGAAGAAAGAUUGGAGCUUGCUUCUCGAGUGGAAAAAAAUCAAGUUUUCUCAAAGGUUGGGAAUGUGUACAUGAUCACCAAAGCCAACAUGGUCACUUAUCGAGGACCCACUAUGGUUGCUAAUACACUUCAUGCUUGUGCCAUUCUUUUGAAGAGGAGUAAAGAUUGGGACUGGUUCAUCAACCUCAGUGCUUCUGAUUAUCCUCUUGUGACCCAAGAUGAUCUUCUUUACACCUUUUCAACUUUAAACCGAAAUCUAAAUUUUAUCGAGCAUUCAAGUCAUCUUGGCUGGAAGGAGGAUAAAAGAGCAAUGCCCUUGAUUAUAGACCCUGGGCUCUACUCAUCAAAAAAGACAGACAUAUUCUGGGCCAUGCCUCGAAGAACUUUGCCGACAUCAUUCAAAUUAUUUACUGGUUCAGCAUGGAUGGUUUUGACGCGUUCAUUUGUAGAGUACUUAAUUUGGGGUUGGGACAAUCUACCUAGGACUCUUCUAAUGUACUACGCAAACUUCGUCUCUUCCCCUGAAGGCUACUUUCACACAGUCAUAUGCAAUGUCCCAGAAUAUGCUCAGACAGCUGUCAAUCAUGACUUGCAUUACAUUUCGUGGGACAAUCCCCCGAAGCAGCACCCUCAUGUCCUCUCACUUAAUGACACGGAGAAGAUGAUUGCUAGUGGUGCUGCCUUUGCUAGGAAAUUUCGUCAUAAUGAUCGUGUCUUGGAUAGGAUUGACAGGGAUUUACUUGGCCGGAAGAAUGGAAGCUUCACACCUGGUGGUUGGUGUGCCAAUCGCCCCAAAUGCUCUAAGAUUGGUGAUCCAUCCAAUAUCAAACCAGGUCCUGGAGCUCAAAGGCUUCGACUCCUCAUUGCUAGGUUGGCAACGGCAGCUAAACUUGGUCAAAAUCAGUGUAAAUAGAUUUCAUUAAAGGUUUGAGGAAACCGAUAGAGUUCUACAAGUUAGACAAACGACAGAUUAUUGCAGUUUUUGCUCUGUGCUGCCCUGCCCUCGUUAGAAUGAACUGUUAUUGGCUUCGACAAUAUCUUAAGAAUCUCGAUUCAUUGCCAUGACCAGAAUCACAUAAGGCUCUUGGUUGGUUCUAUUUGAACUAAAUUUUGACUUACAUUACAUUGUUUGGUAAUAGAAAUAAGUUGUAGAAGCGGGUUUACAAUUACGUGUGUAUUGAUGGUGUUCUAAGGAUGCAAAGAUAAUGGUUUGAGGCUGAGAAAGAUUGUCUUAUUUCAUUAGUUUUGUUGAGUCCAAAGUUGGUAUAGAAACUACAUACACCACCUCUUAUGAUAUUUUCUUUAUUUCUUUCUGGGUAUGGAUUGAGAAUCCAGACGCAUUCGGUGUUGGGAUUGCUUGUGUAUUUGAAGCAAGAACUGUGGUUAUCAGUUGAUAUGAGACUAUUGAAUUUGUGGCA